CGACCGCCAGUCUUGGUUAUAACUUUGGCAGCAGUGUUUUGGUACCAGUUAACAGUGCGGGACGAAAGAAGACCACGGUGCCGAUGCCAGACCGAUAGAACCGCGCCUCGAGGCAUUUCCGUUGGAACCGUGUUUUCGAGGGAAAACCGGAAGUUGAAACCAGUCGUUGAAACCGUGGAAGGAAAAGGGAGAAGAAACAAUUGUUUUUGUAGCACGUGUUAUGGUUCACUACGGCUGCGCGAAGACAGACAGCGGUGGAAUUGAAUGCUUCGUGGAGUUUAGUGAGUUCGUCUAAUUCGUCCGGAUCAUGUCAGUGGAAUAUACGUAUAGAGAUAAAGAAGAAUCAUCAAGCGCUCGCCUGUCCGUUAACGGACGUAAGAUUGGCGCCAUGGCCAGGUUCAUAGAACUUCUCGCAACCAUCGGUUCGUUUAUACUGAUGCUGGUGACGCUUCCUUUUUCCCUCUGCUUUACGUUCAAAGUCGUACAGGAAUACGAACGCGCCGUUGUGUUCAGGAUGGGCCGUCUCAAAGGUGGUGCUUAUGGUCCAGGGACCUUUUUCGUCAUGCCCUGCGUGGACAACUGUGUCCUCGUGGAUAUGAGGACCGUCUCAUUUGACGUACCGCCGCAGGAGAUCCUCACCAAGGACUCGGUCACCGUCAGCGUCGACGCGGUCGUCUAUUACCGAAUCAAGGAACCCCUCAACGCGGUGGUCAAGAUAGCAAACUACAGCCAUUCCACCCGGCUCCUGGCAUCCAGCACCCUGCGCACCGUCCUCGGCACACGUAGUCUGGCGGAAAUACUCUCGGAGCGAGAAACCAUAUCGCACACGAUGCAGAGCUCGCUCGACGAGGCGACCGACCCUUGGGGUGUCAAGGUGGAACGCGUCGAGAUAAAGGACGUCCGACUGCCCGUCCAACUACAGCGAGCUAUGGCAGCCGAAGCUGAGGCUGCGAGGGAAGCUCGGGCUAAAGUAAUCGCUGCCGAGGGUGAGAUGCGCGCAUCUCGUGCUCUGAAAGAAGCGAGUGACGUCAUUUCCGAAAGCCCGGCAGCUCUUCAGCUGCGGUACCUGCAAACCCUGAACAGCAUUUCUGCGGAGAAGAAUUCCACGAUUAUAUUCCCCCUGCCCGUUGACCUUCUGGCGCCUUUUCUAUCACUUGGACAGCACCAAUUUCGCCAGCCGCUUCCACAUACCUCUUAGGAUUCACCGGAGCUUAUACUCAAGGCUGUUUAAUACAAAUCAAGGAUAACUGGUACUCCUUGCCAAGGAACAGAGCAUUUACUCUGCAAACAAACUGUACGAAAUGGAGAACAAUUCGAGUUCAGAGGAGUGGAAGGAAUGUCGGAUGACUUGAUAAAAUAAAGUAUUUAUUAAUAUUUCAAAAUUUCUACUCGAAUAAGUCCACCAGCCUCUUUCACCUGAAUCAUGUUCGUAUUCUACUCAAGACACGUUUCAU